GGGACCCGGUCUUUCCCUCAAAACGAAGCAAACGAUGGUUAAACUCUGUGAAUCUCUCCCAUUGACUGCUACUUUGCUGCUUCCCAAAAUUCCAAUCCACCCUCACAAAUUUACAGUUUUUUCCAAUUUUUCCCCACGAAUCCUAUCUAAUCUUCCCACCGCCAAAAAUUCCUACCGGUUUUCGAAUUAUCGUUCUUUCUUCCUCUACGAGCUCCAUGCUCUUCUGGGUUCGUUGGAUUCUUCUGAAUAGCCAUGGCAGUUUUCGGCGUAUCGGGCUCUAGGGUUAUUCUCUCCGAGAUCGGAGUUGUUCUCGGAUGGUAAAGCUGGCAGCUUCAUUUGAGGUACAAGUGCUUUUCGCGUAAGGACUUCUGGGCAUUGAGAAAUGAGAAUUGAGCUCUUCUGUUGUGCUGGUACGUUUUCGGUUGAGCUUUUGUUUGGCAGUAAAUUUUGUUGUUUGAAUUCAGAAUUGGAAGUAGGGUUCUAGGGAGCUUCUCUGCAGAGUAUGAGUGCUUUCUCAAUGAGGACUUUUGGGCGUUGAGAUUUGAGAGCUUCCCUUGACUUGGUACGCUUUCGUUUAAACUUUGUUCGGUUUUGCUGCUUUUGUUGUUUGAAUACAAAAUUGGAGGUUUUGGGUUUUAGGGAGCCUCUUUGCAGAGUGAAGGGUUAUAAAGUUGAUUUUCUUAGGUUUGGGGUAUUUGGUUACAGAGAUAUAAAGUCGAAUUCUUUUCAAGAUUGGUCGUUCGGAAUCCUCCAUUACUGGAAAUUCGAGAUAGGAGGUGUGAAAUUUGGCAAUUGGCAGAAUGUUUGCUUUCUCUUCUGAUUUCAUGGCUGGUGGAAGGAAUGGGGAUCUUUGACUGUAAAAGGCUAGGAAGUUCAUCAAACCAUUAAAGGAUUUGCCAAACUCCAUUGCUGAUGGAGGGUUCGCCUAGGCUUGGCUCAAAAGGCCUAGUUAAGAAACAUGAGUUUGUAAGGAUAAUAAUUCAAUGCCUGCUUUCAAUUGGCUAUGAGAAGUCUGCUUCAUGCUUGGAGUUGGAGUCUGGCAUUUCGUGCAAAUCCGAUGAUUUUCAAAUGCUGGAAUCACAGAUAUCAAGCGGGAAUUGGGAUGGUUGUGUUGAUACGCUUAAUACCGCUCAGGAUUUGACAGAUGAGACCAGAGCUGCUGCUUUGUUUCUUGUAUUCAAACAAUGCCUUUUGGAGUAUUUGAGUUGCGGGGAUGACAAAUUGGCUUUGGCCAUUUUGCAGAAAGAGGUGUCAGCAUUACAUGUAGACAGAAGUAAGGUUCACAACCUUGCUCGGAUCAUCCUUUCCGCAAAGGAAAUGGAGCAGAGCAAGACAGACGAUAUUGCUGUCUGUGAGUUGCGAAAAGAACUAUUGCAGGAAUUGGAAAAAUUGCUUCCUCCACCAAUCACGCUGCCUGAGAACAGGUUGGAACAUCUGGUUGAAACUGCUGUUUUGUCCCAGAUUGAUUCAUGUAUGUAUCACAAUUUGUCGGAUGCAGUUUCACUUUAUGCUGACCAUUUAUGUGGUAGGGACCAGAUCCCUACUGAAACUCUUCAGAUUUUGACUGAGCAUAAGAAUGAAGUGUGGUUUGUACAAUUUUCUAAUAACGGGAAGUAUUUGGCCUCUUCGUCAAGUGAUUGCACAGCCAUCAUAUGGAAGGUUUUGGAGGAUGGUAGGGUGACAUUAAAUCAUACCCUGCGAAGUCACCACAAACCGGUAUCCUUUCUAGCAUGGAGCCCUGAUGACUCAAAGUUGCUUACAUGUGGAAAUGUUGAAGUCCUCAAGCUAUGGGAUGUGGAAACAGGUACAUGCAAGCAUACAUUUGGGGAUCCUGGCUUCAUUGUCAGCUCAUGUGCUUGGUUUCCCGACUCAAAGCGACUUGUGUGUGGCAGUUCCGACCCUGAAAAGGGCAUCUACAUGUGGGAUUGCGAUGGCAAUGAGUUAAAAGCAUGGAGAGGGAUGAGGAUGCCCAAGAUUUUAGAUCUUGCUGUGACACCAGAUGGGGAAAAUCUUAUCAGCAUUUUCUCUGAUAAAGAAAUUCGGAUUUUAAAUGUGGGAACAAAUGCUGAACGCGUCAUCUCAGAAGACCAUUCUAUCACAUCCCUUUCAAUUUCUGGGGACAGCAAGUUCUUUAUUGUCAACCUAAAUAGCCAGGAGAUUCAUAUGUGGGAUGUUGCUGGGGAGUGGGAAAAGCCACUGAAGUACAUGGGCCACAAGCAGAGCAAGUAUGUGAUACGCUCCUGCUUUGGUGGAUUGAACAGCACAUUUAUUGCCAGUGGUAGUGAGAAUUCACAGGUAUACAUUUGGAACCGAAGAAACUCUAGGCCGAUAGAGGUUUUGCGUGGGCAUUUAAUGACCGUGAACUGUGUGAGUUGGAAUCUUAAGAGACCGCAGAUGCUGGCAUCAGCAAGCGACGAUCAUACCAUCCGCAUAUGGGGGUCUAGCCGACCUAAUAAGAUUCAACCUCAGAAGCUCUGUUGAAAAGAUCACGUCUCCAGUUUUACAUCCGUCGCCUUCUGUAGAUAUAGCCCUUGUUAUUUUCAAGCUCCUAUUCAUCAAUGAGUUUGUGAAUAUGUUUUUUGAAAAUUUUGGUGUAGAUUUCCAUUUUUAGAUCCUUAAUUUUAGUCUCUGUGAACAUAAUGUUGGAAGUAAAUUGGAAGCGUGUUGUGCUAUUAAAUAUCUGUUAGCUUUGCUUUU